AUGAAGGUUGAAUUACUGUCGUGGGUCUGGGCGGCGUAUAAAAGCGAUUGCGCUUUUGCUGCAGGCAUAAUUGCAUUCAGUCCAACCCGGUGGCUCAUCGUAGGUAGAAAAGAGUACAACAUAACAGCUAUGUCCCGCCUUACGAUAUUCUUUGUUAUCGCCGUGGCGUACGAAGUAUUGGGAGAAGUUAAAGAUGUCAAGGACUCCCGUGCCGCGUCAUCGGGGUUGUACUCGAGUGUCAUCAGUCCCGGCCUAGGGGGCGGGUCGCUCAUCGGUGGCGGGCUCGCGCCAGCCGGGAUCGUCACCGGCGGCGGCUCCGGCCUGUCUAGCGGGGCCGCCCUCAACAACGCCGCCGCCGUCGGAGCGGCCCAGCUGAGCGCCAUCCAGAACGCGCAGGCGGUGCAAGCCGCACAGAUAGCCAACGCCGCCGCCGCCGCCAUCCAGGGCGCCCGUGUCGCAGAGGCUGAGGCGCGCGCCAGACAGGCGAGCGCGAUCCAAAACGCGCAGGCCUUGGACGCCGCGCGCAUCGCCAACCUGCAGAGGGCGCAGGCCGCCGCCCUGGAGAACGCUAGGGCCAACGAAGCGGCUAGGAGGGCGGCUUCCGCCGGCGCGUUGGAGCUGGCACGCGCCGCGGAGGCGGACCGCAUCGCAAACGCAGCGCGCGUUCAGGCGGUCGCGUACGCGAACACCAGAGCGGUGGAGGCAUCCCGUAUUGCCAACGCGGCGAGGGCCCAGUCCGCGGCUGUAGCGACGAGCGCCGCUCAGGCGCAAGCCGUCGCCGAUGCCGUAGCUAGGAACGCACAGGAGGGCCUCCUCGGUGGCGGUAAUGCCGCCAUCGUCGGCGUGGCACCGGCAUCCACCGGCGUUGUUAUUGGAUCUUCCCUUGGCGGACUUAGCGGCCUAGGUAGCUACGGCGGCUAUGGAAGCUAUGGCGGCUAUGGCUACGGGCAGGGCUGGGGUCUCGGCGGCAGCGCUCUAUACGGCAAACAC